UACCUGUUGCCGCAAGAGCUGCACGCUGUUCUGAAAAUACCCAGGCCACCUUCAACAUUGUAUAGCGCGCAAUCACCGCGCAAGCGCUAUUCCGCAAGCGUUACGUAUCGAAGGAUAACAGUAAAGCGACCGUUCAGUGAUCAGACCAUCUUCAGUGAGUGACCAUGGACAACCCCAUAGACGAUACUAUGAACGAUCGCGAGUCCUUCACCGUCACCACUUAUUUAGCUGACAAAGAACGCGAUAUUCGGAUAAUUCGUUGGUUGCUAAAAUCAAUAUGCCUCUGGCCUCACUCGCACAAUGUGUCAACUGUCGAUCGAGUCUUCUCAAAAUUUUCAAGACUUACAUGUUUUUCGCUGUUAUUCAUCGCUGUGUUGAACAUCGGUCUAGGUACCUUUAUCGAGGAACGCGAAGAUACAAUAUUAAUGAUGAUGAACAUCGGUCCCUUCAUAGGCCAUCUCAUGGCGCUCUUAAAGUACAUCUGCCUGGUGUUACAUAUCGACGACAUACGCAACUGCGUGGAUAGCAUUGAGCUGCAUUGGAAUACCGUGAGAAGCAACAAAGAUCACGAGGUGAUGCUGAAGGACGCUAAGGUCGGUCGCUUCAUGGCAACUUUCAUUGCCACAUUCAUGCACGGCGCCGUACAAUCUUAUAACAUCAGCAAGUGUUUCAUGAAAAAUGUCGUGGAUGUGGAUAACGUCAGUGUCUCAAUUUGCGAACUACCCUUUCCGUCCUACAACGAAAUCCUAGACACGCGUUUCAGACCGGUGUAUGACGUGGUGUUUGUUAUGCAAAUCAUAGGGUCCUUUCUUGUCAGCGGUGUCACUAGCGUCAACUGCGGUCUAAUGGCAACAUUUGUGAUGCAUGCGUGUGGGCAGCUCAAGAUCUUAAUAUUGUGGAUUGGAGAUAUUAUACACAAUGACAAUAUUGUCGAUGGUCGCACAAUACAGGAAAAGCUAGGCUUCAUUGUAGAACAUCAUUUACGGGUAUUAAAGCAUGGAAUCAAGACAAAAAAGAAAGUAUUCCAACGUAUUGUGUGAUAGCCUCAUCUUUUACAAUGAAUAUUUUUAUAAUUUGUUAUAUUGCAGAAAUUCUCAGCGAACAGGUAACACAACAUUUUUAUUAGCGUAUAAUUUUAUGAAAAUAAUAUUAAGAAAUAAAAAACAUCCCCACAUGUUAUCACGCAUAUUUAUUGCAUGAUAAUGAUAAGUAUUAUAUUUCAACUUCGACUUAGAAGUAUGACAUUAAAUCCUAUAAUAGUAUCGACGAGUUGGUAUGGCGACUUACGUAACGGAAUGGUAUCGUCUACCUCCGAAAACUGCUCUCGGUCUUCUUCUGAUAA